UCUCUUUUCUGUCCAUUAUCUCUGUGUGUCUCCCCCUCAUUUGACAUUAUCCAAAACAAACAAUGGCCACCACAACUAGACACCCUUCUCAUAGAACCCCUAAACAGCACUUCAAAGUCUGUUUCUGUUUCAGGAGAAUGUUUAGGCUCAAAGUGGUUGAACCCCCUGACGAAAUCAACACUGUAUUUGAAGAGUAUUCACGUGAUGGCAUCAUGAGCAUGGAUGAUAUGUGCAAUUUCUUAGUUGGAUUUCAGGGAGAAAAUGAAGCUGUCACCACACAUGCUCAAGCCAUUUUUGACAGUACUCUCAAGCAUCUCAACAUAUUUCAAAGGAGAGGCUUUCAUAUUGAUGCCUUCUUUCGUUAUCUCUUGAAUGACCUUAAUGGCCCCCUUGCUGAGGUGCACCAUGACAUGAAUGCUCCUUUGGCUCAUUAUUUCAUGUACACAGGCCACAACUCCUACUUAACUGGAAAUCAACUUAGCAGUGCUAGCAAUACUUCUGCGAUAAUAAAAGCAUUGAAGAAAGGAGUUAGAGUAAUUGAGCUAGAUUUAUGGCCAAAUUCCAGAGGAGACGAUGUGUUAGUUCAUCAUGGAGGGACUCUUACUUCUUCAGUGAAACUUAGACCUUGUCUUCUUGCCAUUAAGGAUUAUGCAUUUUUUGCCUCUCCAUAUCCCGUUGUUAUAACUUUUGAAGACCAUAUCACACCAUCUCUUCAAGACAAAGUGGCUAAGAUGCUCGUUGACACAUUUGGUGAUAUGUUAUUUUACCCUGAAAAUCCACACCAAAUGAGAGAAUUCCCUUCUCCAGAAAGAUUGAAGAAAAAAAUUUUGAUUUCAACUAAACCACCAGACUUUUAUGAAAGUCAAGACCAAAGGAUACUAGAGGAAGCACCACAUAGGCUUGAGGAAUAUCAUGACAAAUCUAGAGUCAAUUACAAGGAUGAUUCAGAUGAUGAGGAUGAUGAGGAUGAUACUCCUGAAUAUAGAGAUUUGAUUUCUAUUCGUGCAGGGAAACCUAAAGGUAAGUUAAGAAAUUGUUUGAUUAAUCAUAACCAAGUCAGACGUUUAAGCUUGAGCGAGCAAGAGCUUGAAGAUAUUUCCAAAAAUCAUGGAACUGAAAUCAUCAGAUUCACCCAAAGAAAUUUGCUUAGAAUAUAUCCAAAAGGAACUCGUCUGGAUUCGUCUAAUUACGAUCCCAUGAUUGGAUGGAUGCAUGGAGCUCAAAUGGUAGCAUUUAAUAUGCAGGGAGGAGGGCACUAUCUUAGGUACAUGGAAGGAAUGUUCAGAGCCAAUGGUGGUUGUGGUUAUGUUAAAAAACCAAACAUAUUAUUGAAUGUCAACGAUGUUUUUGAUCCAAAAGCGCUUCGGCCAGUCCAAACAACUCUUCAGGUUUUGGUAUACAUGGGUGAUGGGUGGCGUUCAGAUUUCAGCCCAACCCAUUUUGACUUUUAUUCUCCUCCUGACUUCCGUGUACAGAUCGGCAUUCACGGUGUUCCCGCUGAUAGAAAUAUGAAAUACACAAGAACAAUUGAAGAUGAUUGGGUACCAGUGUGGAAUGAAGAGUUCAGUUUCCCAUUGACUACUCCUGAAUUGGCUCUUCUAUACAUCAAAGUUGUUGAGCGUGACUUUUCUGGAAGCGGUGACUUUGGCGGUCAAACAUGUUUACCUGUCUCUCAACUCCGACAAGGCAUUCGUGCAGUUCGUUUGCGCAACCGCAAGGGCGAACUUUACAAGUCUGUCAGACUUCUCAUCCAAUUUCGCUUUCUUCCUAACACUCUUUAGAACAAACAUUUCCGUAUCCCACAAAAAUCAAUCUUCCUCGCUACUAAAACUCCUAUGUUUCAUCAUCAUUGCUACAAUGUUAACAACUCCAUAACUUAAAGCAGACAGCUUCUUCUUUAACGUAUUUUUCCACUUAUCUUUCACGCCUUCUUCCUGCACCUCCAUACAAUAAUGAAAUCUCCUAUUUGCCCUCUCAUCUUAGAAGAAGCAACCUUAUAGAAAUAGAAACUUAGAGAAGACCAAAUGCUCUUUCCGAAAUGAACUUUAUAUAUUUUUCUUUAUUAAUGAGGGUAAGAUUUUAAUGUUGCUAUUAUUAUUAGCAUAUUUAUUACAAUUAUUGUAUUAUUGCUUUUGGACUUGAAAUGGAAUUAUUGGAUCAUGAUA